CCUUUGUCCUCAGUCGCCUCCAGAGAGCGGCAGAGACACUCGAAGCUCCCCCUGCAACGACGGCGUCGAGGAUGGCGAUGAUGAAGAACGGAAAGCCUCUGAUUCAGCAGUUGCUUCUCCAUCGCCCAAUGACUCCUCGUUGCCCCAUCAAUCUAAUCUCUUCCCCACCUAUUCGGGAACUCUUGUACCAAGAUCGCUGUAGGGAUGCUGAUCGCUUUCUUCACUCUAUCUGGAGGCCGAAUCCGGCGUCAAACACUGAACCUGACCUCUUUAGCGACGACGACGCCCUCCGUUUCCGAAUUACUGGAUCGCCGUUUGGGGGAAAAGCACUUGCAGGUGCCCGACGUCCUUGGACGGAUGACAGCUUCGAAAUUGAAAGUAGGGACGUGUACUCCGAUUCUGACGACCCAGGCGAGGACUUUAUGGAUGACGACGAAGACGACGAUGACGGUGAAUUUGACGACGACGAUGAUGAGGAGGAGGAUGUGAAAUGAAUCAUUUUUCAGGAGGUUUAGCUAACUGUUCAAUCAAUUCAUCCCUGUUUUCUCAGGGCAUAUUAUGCUCCUGAAUUUCUUUUCUUCCUUUUAAUCUGGGAAGAUGGUUAGUAUGUAUGAUAUUCAUGGAUGUAAUUUCAGCCGUCGGCUAAUCUAUGCUCUCCAUUUUCUCUGUU